AUGAAGCUCAGCUCUCUGAUCUUCGCCGCGGCGGCCGGUUCCGCUGUGGCUGCCCCGGCGCAUAGCAAGCGAGCUGGUGCUCUUCAAUGGCUGGGAACCAACGAAUCCGGAGCCGAGUUUGGUGAAGACACCGUUCCCGGAGUCUGGGGCACGGAAUACAUCUUCCCUGACCCCGCGACCAUCAAGACUCUCGUCGGCAAGGGCAUGAACAUCUUCCGCGUCCAGUUCCUGAUGGAGCGUCUGGUGCCCGAGAAGAUGACCGGGACGUACGACGAGGCGUAUCUGAAGAAUCUGACGGAGGUGAUCAAUGGCAUCACCGACCAAGGCGUCCAUGCUAUUCUGGACCCCCACAACUACGGCAGAUACAACGGCGAGAUCAUCACCGCCACGGCCGACUUCCAGACCUUCUGGGAGAACCUCGCCGGCAAGUUCAAGGGCAAUGAGCUUGUCGUGUUCGAUACCAAUAAUGAAUACCACGAGAUGGACCAAGAGCUCGUCCUCAACCUCAACCAGGCCGCCAUCGAUGGAAUCCGUGCCUCGGGCGCAACCAAGCAGUGGAUCUUCGCCGAGGGCAACUCCUGGUCGGGAGCGUGGACCUGGGUCGAGGUCAACGACAACCUGAAGGCGCUCAAGGACCCCUCGGACAAGCUCGCGUACGAGAUGCACCAGUAUCUGGACGCCGACGGGUCCGGCACCUCGGAGACAUGCGUGUCGGAGACGAUCGGGACCGAACGUCUGCAGGCUGCGACGGAGUGGCUGCGCGAGAACAAGAAGGUCGGCGUGAUCGGAGAGUUCGCGGGAGGCGUGAACGACGUGUGCAAGAAGGCGUUGACCGGGUUCCUGGACACGUUGGUUGAGAAUGAGGAUGUCUGGAAGGGCGCGAUCUGGUGGGCGGCGGGCCCGUGGUGGGCGGACUACAUGUUCAACAUGGAGCCCGAGCAGGGACCGGCUUAUGCGGGGAUGUUCGAUCUGCUCAAGGGGUACAUGGGGAAGAAGGAGUAG